UAGUAGGGUUCGUAUUUUCGCUGACAGGCAGACCUUGUGGACCAUGAUGAGGCAGCGCGAGUGGAUCCAGCAUGUUUCUAUUUUUUGCCUUCCCUUUGACUCGGGAAGCACUCGCGAAAAAUAACUCUGCAAAGCAUUAUCGUGGGAUAAUUUACACCGUUUUAAAGUGCUGGUGAUGGCAGCAGCUCGGCCCCCUCCAUGCGUGAUUGACUGCGGGACAGGGUACACCAAGAUUGGUUAUGCUGGAAACACAGAGCCCCAGUUCAUCAUGCCAACUUUGCUUCGUGACCUCACGGUGUGUGUCAGCUGAUUGUAGUGUCGCUGCAGGUAUUGCGGUCAGAGAGUCAGCCAGUGUUGGAGAUCAGGCACAGAGACGUCUUGUGAAAGGGGUGGAUGACCUUGAUUUCUUUAUUGGAGACGAAGCCAUCGAUAAGCCCAACUAUGCAACCAAGUGGCCCAUCAGACAUGGUAUUAUUGAGGACUGGGACUUCAUGGAAAAGUUCAUGGAGCAGGUCAUAUUUAAAUAUCUCCGAGCAGAGCCCGAGGACCACAACUUCCUGAUGACAGAACCUCCUCUAAAUACCCCAGAGAACCGGGAAUACUUAGCUGAGAUCAUGUUUGAAACGUUCAACGUUCCAGGGUUGUACAUCGCUGUUCAGGCUGUUUUGGCAUUGGCAGCAUCUUGGACUUCAAGACAGGUUGGAGAACGAACGCUAACAGGAAUUGUGAUUGAUAGUGGUGAUGGAGUUACUCAUGCUAUACCAGUGGCAGAAGGGUAUGUGAUUGGCAGCUGCAUAAAGCACAUCCCAAUAGCAGGCAGAGACAUCACCUACUUCAUUCAACAGCUGCUGAGAGAGCGAGAGAUCGGCAUUCCUCCAGAACAGUCGCUGGAGACUGCAAAAGCUGUUAAAGAAAGAUAUUGCUACAUCUGUCCAGACAUCGUGAAGGAAUUCACCAAAUAUGACAUGGACCCUGGAAAAUGGAUUAAAAAAUACAAGGGGAUCAAUGCUAUCAGCAAAAAUGAAUUUCAAAUAGAUGUCGGAUACGAGCGUUUUCUGGGACCAGAGAUAUUUUUUCACCCCGAGUUUGCCAACCCAGACUUCAUGCAGCCCAUCUCAGAUGUUGUGGAUGAAGUGAUUCAGAACUGCCCUAUAGAUGUCAGAAGACCGCUAUACAAGAACAUAGUCCUGUCGGGGGGCUCCACAAUGUUUCGGGACUUUGGCCGCAGACUGCAGAGGGACCUGAAGCGUGUUGUGGAUGCCAGACUCAGACUGAGUGAGGAGCUCAGCGGCGGCAGAAUAAAGCCCAAGCCCAUGGAAGUGCAGGUUAUAUCCCAUCACAUGCAGCGAUACGCAGUGUGGUUUGGCGGAUCUAUGUUGGCUUCUACGCCUGAAUUCUUCCAAGUCUGCCAUACUAAGAAGGACUACGAGGAAUACGGACCUAGAAUCUGUCGCCACAACCCUGUCUUUGGCAUCAUGUCCUAGUUCUGGUCUUGCACCCCCUUGUAAGCCUAGAUAUCAAUUCAAUCGAUUUAUCACCUCCCUGUAUUAAGCUUUGAUUGCCACUCCUCUUUGAAAAGGAAUAAUUCAGUCUUUGACAAGCUUAGAAUAGAAAGAACAAAGCUUUUUGUUUAUCAGUGAAAAUGUCAAAGCCAGGCACAAGGGUAUUAUGUGGAUUGGAUCGGGAGACUUGAGGCUUGUGCUUUGAUAGCGAGUGCUGAUGUUCAAUAUUCCAAAUGCAGCGUAGAAGAGGAAUUCGUGAAUUGCACAUUGACUGCAGUCUGUUCAAGCCAAGCCAUACAGUGGGGACUGUUUACUUUGCAACACAUUCAGUGUUUUGUUUGUAGUAUAAAAGAAUGGAUCCACCCAAAAUUAGUAUUCAGUCAUCAUGCUGUUUAGAUGCAGUAUUUAUCUGUUUGUGCUAUAAUACACAGAUCUAUAAUAGGAGAUGCAUAGCAGAGGUCUAAGCUGUUCUUUUCCAUAAAGCCACAUGCAAAAACCUCUAAGCUAGGGGGGAAAGUGAGGACGAUUCUUAGGGCCUACACCAUUUUGGGGCCCCCAGAGAUAGUAUUAGGAGCCCACCAAAAUAUUCCCCCCCCUCAUUUUCAACCGUGACACCGCCCCCUUCGGUCUUCACUUUCGUCCUAUUAAAAAUGUUUCAAUAGAGCCCAUACUGGCCAGCGACACCCCUGCCUCUAAGUGCCAUCUGAAAUAUUCAACCCAGGCUCAUUCUGAAAAUCAAACCACUGUAUACAGUUCUGCAGAGCGACGAAUACAUCCCAGGAGCUAUGUUUUUUACAUUUAUUUUUUUUUUGCAGUUUUUUUUUUUUUCGUACGCUUUGUGAGAUCUCAAAAUUCUCUCCCGGGUGCUGUUCGCGCCUGCUGUUCUUGCGUAAAUCCACCAGAGGCUGCUGUCGGCUUACUGACUGACUGAUUGAUUGACCGAUGGACUGACCCACCCACCUCA